UUUUUUCUGAGCGAGUGUGGAAGGCCAGUUGUGCUGCGCAGCGCCACCUCGCAACAAUCUUCCUUUUCGCUUUUGCGCGGUCCACCGUUGCCAUGGAAACCUAACAGGAAGGGUUAUAAACAAGAUGGAGGAUGACAAUGCAACAGCAGCGGUAGAUAAUUUAGUCACUGAAUUCAACACAUACGAGGAUUUCCUUGACUCGCAAAUCACUUCUUUGGAUUUAUACUACCUUGAGGAUGAGGAGUUGGCCCGUCAGCUCGUGGAGCUAGGCUACAGGGGCAGUGGGGAGGUACUGAAAAGGGAGGAAUUUGAAACAAGGAAAGCAGCUGCAGAGGCCUCAAGGCUCUCCAAGAGGAGCCAGCAGAAAACAUUGGCAAGUGUUGGAAAAGAACUAAAAGAUAACUUCCUGAAAGCCCUGGCAGAGCGAGAGGAGGCCAACCGCAGUGGGAAAAUGACUUCUAUCAUUUUCAUAAGGGACCGAAAUUCUCUUGGACAGGAAAUAUCUGGGUAUAUAGACUACUCCCACAGACUCAAAACUGAAGCCUUCGAACCAUAUUUCAAUGGAAAGAAACGACUUUUGCCAAGGCCAACUGACUUAAGUUUCUACAACUGGGAAACUCAGGUGUCUACAUCCAAUUCCAGUACAAACUAUCAAGUGAUUGCUGACAAUCCAAAUGGUUUGCUCUUCAAAAACAAGAGGGACCGAAAAAUACUUAAUGUGGAUCCAAAGGCUUCACCUGGUGAUAACUCCUCAAGGACUCCUCUCCAAUCUGACCUCUACGUUCAAGUUGUCAUGUAUGACCACGUUACCAGAAGGACAACCUGAGCUCAUCUGGAGAGACAGUGAUUAAAAUACAUCUUGAAAAUCUCUGAAGUCUUUAAUUUAAGUAAAAGUUUCUUCAAAUCCCCACCAUUUGCGUGCUCGUUUUUGCGUGGGUCGGAAGGUCUGGUUUCUUGGGAUGGCAAAGUAAUGUUAUUUUGAGGCUUAUUUCAAGUGUAAGUGCGUAAAGCACCGUGCAUUUAUUCAAAAUACGCUGCAUUUUAUUGAUUAAAGCCCAGAAAACAGACAUUACCACUUUACUUUUUGUAAUCAUCUAAGCACAGCAAUAUUAACUUUUCAAUCAUAAACAGAAAAGACAUUUUCGGUCAUGAAAGAUGCUAAGAAAUGGACUAUUCCAAGGCUAUUACUCUAUGACUGUUUUUUACUGCCGUAGGGAGCUAGUCUCCUAUACUUUAAACUUGUAAUUUACAGAUGUCACAAAGACUUAUUCUGUGCGGUUACAAGGACUUUACCAUGCUCUUUUUGUGUAAAUUCUCACGGCACCCAAGUGUUGUGCAAGCUGCUGAUUGAAUCUGCAGUUGAAAGCUAUAAGAUUGUUG